UCUAGCCAUACACUAUGCGCACGCGAAAGCAAUACCUCCGGGAUCCGUCAGGGCACGGCCGUCAAGCGCCUGAGCGACGCACAAAGCGCAGGAUGGCCUUCCUUCACGUCAACGACACACGUCUGAUCCGUGGCUUGCUUGUCGAAUCUGUUGUAUGCAUAAACACAGCGCGCGAAUCCCGAGGCUCCUGCGGAGCACUUUCUAUCCUCCAACAUUUGUUCCUGUCACUACGCCAGAGACAUACUGCGAAAGCUCUACAGCAUGCCUCCUAACCGUUAUCAGCAUUCGUGGAUGCGUCUGUCCCUCGCAUACUACCUUUCUGCUCUCAAGUCCCGGGAUUACUCGCGGCAAUAUCACCUGUGGCCGCGCUGUUCACCAUGCUCCAAGCAAUAAAGUACUGGUCGAUUGUGCAGCGCUGCUGACUGGCGCGUGAUUACUUGGUGCGCCGUGUCCUGCUUUACCCAUCAUCCUGAUUUCUUGCUGUUGCGUUCCCGCUCAUUUACUGCUGUUAUGUUCUGCGAUUUAUUGCUGUUCGUUCUCUUUGGCGCUGUGUAUGCUCUCUGCUGUCAUCGCGUCCUAUGCAUACUACUCGCUUGUGUGCUCUGCUCAUCUUACCCUGCUGUAUGGAUAUCAACUUUGCUCAGCUAUCAGUACUUGGAUCCCCACUAUUUGUGUACAACACAUACAAUUCAUCGAAGCACAAAGUUCUCUACUUUGG